AUGUUUCGUAGUAAGCGUCCUGACCCAUUUACGGGGCUUUACGAAGAAGCUCACAGGAGGGAGCAAGCAAGAAAAGGUACUUUUUUAACACAAGUUGUUAACAGUGAUGGUGCAAAUCUUUUAGAUGUUGCGGAUCGUGCGGAAAAAAGUCCAUCUAUUAAAUCAUCGAGUAGGGCAUCUGCUAGAAAAUCACAUCUUGGUGAAUUUGCAUCUCCUUUUAGAUUGGAAAGCAAUGAAAAGGACGCUGAGAAACGUAGAUUGCAAAGAUUCCCUACCGUCAGUCCAAAUUCUGUCUUUUCUAAAGUACAUCCAAAGGAAUUAGGGUAUAGGACUAUGGGUCGUGGAUCUAGAAGGGCCAAAGAUAUCCAAUUUCCAAUCUACUUGAGAGAGAACGAAGCUAGACAGGAUCAGUUGCUGACGGAGGUUGAAAUUAGAGAACAGAAAUUAGCUUAUAUCAAGAAUUCACAGAUUGUUCACGAUUAUACUGAAGGCGGUAAGAAGAAGAGUGGAGCAAAGAAGGGAGUCAAAUCUACGAAAUCGAAACCUUCUGCAAAGUCACCUGGAAAGCCUGCAAUCAAGGCAGUGUCAAAGUCCAAUGAUGAAUUAGAGACUAUUCCUGAUAAUGAAGUUGGGUCUCAAUAUACUUUUGAAACUUUGCCCGACGGUGCAAGUUAUGACUAUUUGAUCGAGACGGAAGAAGUUCCAGCGGGUGCUGCGCAUGGUAAAAUGUCUUCCAAACCGGUUAAAUUAGUCAGAAAGGGUGAAAAAGAGUCGAAGAAGGAGGAAGCGACACCCGAUGCUGAAAGUUUCAAUUCUAAAGGACCUUCACCAGAACCUGCCACCCCAGAGGCCGGACUAAAAUCCAAAGCCGAGGAACAAGCAGGUAAUGAGCUAAAAGAGGUUCCGGAGACCAGUUCAACCUCUAAAAAGGCAGAAUCUAAAGUUGAAUCCAGCGCCAAGGAUGUCGUUGGUGAUGAAAAAGCCGAAAAAGCCGAAAAAACCGAAAAUCUUUUGGAUAGAUCUGAACCGCUAGAUGCGGCAAAGGAUUCAGCUGACAAGGCAACAAGAUUCAAGGAAGGCCCAGUUGAAAAGAUUCCAGAUACAGUUAUCGGUGAUGAAACUUUAGAAAUUGCUCCGGAGAAAGGUGCUCACGGUGCAGCCGCAGAUGUUAAGAAAGGAGCAAAGGAAGCUAAGAAACAAUCUGAAUCUGAUGAAGGCGUUGUUGAAGCAACAAAAGUUGCAGCUGGUGAACCUGAAUCUUACGAAGGUGCUGGCGUUACAGAGAAUGAUAGUACACCAGGACCCAUGGUCGAUGAUGUACACAGUGAUGUUUCUGUUACUUCACCACCCGUUGACUAUGCCGCCGUACCUCGUGUAGUUACUUUCCCUGAAGUGGAAAAGAAGAGAUCUAUAUUCAGUAUCUUUGGCCGUAAGAAGAAAUCUCAGAAUCGUGCACCAAAUCCAUUGGCAACUCCAGAAAAUCCUGAAAUAUUAGUGAAAACAGAUAGGGAAGGAUUUUUAUCAAAGGCAGUUUACGAUAAGGUGAAAUACGAAAAUCAUAAGCAUUCUGAAUGGUUAACUGAAUUUAUUAGCUCUGAAAAGAAAAGAUACGAAGAGAAACAGGUGGAUUAUGAUAAUAGAUUAGAAGAACUGAAGAAAGAGGUCGAAAAAUUGGAAGAAUCCAUGCAAGAGAUUAAGGAUGAUGCUAAUGAAUUAAUAGAAAUUAGACACGGCAGAUUGUCGAAGAAAUUCUUAGAGUCAACUCAACAAUAUAUUGAGAAGAAGAAUGCAAUUUUCCACGAGACUAAAGCUAUUCAAGAUCAGAAGGACAAGGAAACUGAUGAAAUUAAACACAGACAAGAAGAAGUACAAAAAGAAAUUGCUGCUCUUAAUGCCGAAAAGGAUAAUAUUCACCGUGAAUUCAUUGGAUGGACUAAUCGUCUGGCUGAUUAUUCCGCUCAUUUGGAUGCAAAGAUGUAUAGUUUGCACACUCUUCAACAAAAGCAUACCAAAACUCAGGCUCAAAUAGAUGAAUUGUCCCACAAGAAGGCCGUUUUAGAAAAAGAAAUGGCUGCUCAUAAGGAAACACAUGCUAAAAAUACAAAAGCAGUUGAAAAACAUGCCAAUAAGGAAUAUUUACCUAAAGUCCAUGAAAUCGAUGAUAAGAUCUCAAACCUUCUCGGUGAAUUGUCUGUGAUUAAACAGGAGAGUGCUAAUGAAAAGUUGAAAUUGGGUAGUAUUACCAAGAAAUUGGAAAGUGAAAGACAAGCUCACGAGGAGCAAUUGAAAUUAGAAGCAGAAGAGCGUGAACGUAAAGAAAAAGAUCUUUUGGGUAAACAGCGUGAGGAACAUGAGGCAGUUGCUGCUGGAUUGAAGAAACAGCAUGAGGAGGAGUUAAGGAAAAUGAAGCAAGAUUACGAAAAGCGGUUACAAGAGCUUAAGGAACACCAGAGCAAACAAACUGCUGAAGCUGAAGCUACAAAGGCCAGAGCUGCUGAAAAUGAGACCCAUGGUGGUGUCGCUACACAUAGUGUUAAGUCUUCUGGUGCUUCUGGUGCCUCUGGUACAGAUGGUAUCAAGUCCACUGGGGCCAAGUCCACUGGAGCCAAGUCUACCGGGGCCAAGUCUACCGACGCCAAGUCUACCGGGGCCAAGUCUACCGACGCCAAGUCUACCGACGCUAAACCAAAUGCAACGAAAUCUGGUGUUGGUGCCACUACCAAGUCUACGGGACCCCAGGCAACUGAUAGCACCUCUGGUAAAGUUCACAACCCAUUUACUGAUUCUGGUGUCACCAAGUCCAAGGAAACUCGCGAAUUGACCGAUAAUCAGGGUAAACCAAGUGGGGUAGUACCUUAUGGUUCUAACGUUGCUUCUGGAUCUACAGCUAAUGACAAUAGAAACACAAAGCAGAAUCCCUCUGCUUCUAGGGAGAGCUCACUUUUCGACUACGAAACUGAAGAGGAAAUCAGAUCAGUAUACUAA